GCCAACUAUUACUCUUUGUAAUACUCAGCCAAUUACGUCAUCCAAACCAGUUUUUUGAAGAUUCAAGAACUAAUGAAAUUUCCUGGAAAUUAUUUUGUUUUUAUCUUUUUCGCUUUCUAAGUAGUUACUUAUAACGCUUCUUACCUCUGCGUUUUAUUGGCAACAAACACUUAGAAGUAAAUUACAUGGCUCAUAAUUCCAGAGUGUUGUUGAGUGCUCUUUUUUGCAUAAUCUUUGUUUGGUCAUUUCUUGAAAUAAGCAAUGGGACUUUAACUGAUAUCUACUGCUUGAUGUCAAUUAAAGAUUCGCUUGAAGACCCAUACGGCUACCUUAACACUUCAUGGAACUUCAAUAACAAUACCGAAAGUUUCAUCUGCAAAUUUACCGGGGUCGAAUGCUGGCACCCCGAUGAGAAUAAGGUCUUAAAUAUCAGACUAAGCGACAUGGGGCUCAUCGGCCGGUUCCCUCGGGGCAUUAAAAACUGCACAAGUCUUACAGGGUUAGACCUCUCCAGUAAUAAACUUUCAGGACCCCUCCCAUUUGACAUAUGUCGGUUAUUUGGGUAUCUCACAAGCCUCGACCUUUCCAGCAACAGUUUUUCUGGCGAAAUUCCAAUGAGCUUAUCCAGUUGCAGUUAUCUAAAUGUCCUUAAACUUGACAACAACCAACUAACUGGUCAAAUCCCUCCUGAAUUGGGCCUCCUUGGUCGUAUGAAAACGUUCAGUGUUUCUAACAAUAUGUUGUCAGGGGUUGUCCCUCACUUUGGCAGUUCCAGUAUUCAGGCUGAUAGCUAUGCUAACAACAAGGGACUUUGUGGGGGGCUUUUGAAACCCUGUACAACUCCAAAGCGUGGAUUGAAAUUCGACUUUUCUUUCAAAGGUGGGUUUGUAGUUGGUUAUGUCUUUUCUACAGUUUCAGCAAUAACUAUUUUUAUGUCCUAUUAUGUGGCUUGCAUUAAUGACAAGAAAAGAGAUAAGAAGAAGACACUGUCAAAAGGGUGGACUAGUAAGAACGAGGAAAAAGAAGCUGAUCAAGUUAAUCAGUCGCAAAUUCAGGGGCUCCUGCAAGAAGCGACCAAAAAGAAUUCUCAGUUGAAGGGAAUGGUUACUAAAAUGAACUUUACGGAACUCAGCGAGGCAACUAAUAAUUUCAGCCCAGACAAUGCCAUUGGGCUGGGAAAGAUGGGGGUGAUGUACAAAGCAGUGCUUCCAAAUGGUUCACCCCUUGCAGUUAAGAGGUUGCAUGGUUGUCAAUCAUUUGAAAAACAAUUCAUAUGUGAGCUAUUGGCAUUGGGUAGAUUGAGACACUAUAACAUAAUUCCCCUCUUGGGAUUCUGCAGAGAAAGGAUGGAAAAACUUCUAGUGUACCAAUAUAUAUCGAAUGGCAAUCUUUAUGAUUGGCUACAUGCAAAGGAAGGCAAUGACAAGAUCUUGGAAUGGCCUUUGAGGAUUAAAAUUGCAAUCGGGAUAGCAAGAGGCUUGGCAUGGCUUCACCACAAGUGGGAUUUUAGAGUAGUGCAUCUUAAUUUGAGUUCAAACUCUAUUUUACUUGAUAAGAAUUUUGUGCCCAAGAUAUCAAAUUUUGGAGGGGCAAAAAUAUCUAGUUUUGAAGGGAUGAUGUUCAUUGAUUCAAAUGACAUUGACUCAAGCAAUAGCUCUUUUGUAGACACUGGUGUUUGGGAGUUGGGUUUUGUUAAAAAGGAUGUGUAUGACUUUGGAAUUUUGCUUCUUGAGCUAAUCAUAGGGAAGGAACCCAUUCAAAUCAACAAUUUUUCGAACAGCUUGAAUGGGAGCUUAGCUGACUGGAUCACUCAUCUUUUGAGUAGUUCUUCCGAUCUCUACAGUGUCAUUGAUAAAUCUCUAAUUGGUCGAGGAUUUGAUGGUGAAAUCUUUCAAUUUCUUAGAAUUGCAUGUACCUGUCUUAACUUCUUUCCUAGCCAAAGGCCAACAAUGUUUGAAUUGUACAAUACAGUAAGUACUCUUGGGGAGAGACAUGGCAUCACAAAUGACUCUGAGUUAUUGAGGCAAACAGAAAUUGCUACUACAAGUACCUCAAAUGAAAUUGUUUCGGUAGAAAUUGCAUAGACCCAUUGAUGUAUGACAUAGAAAGUGUAUCUUUUCCCACGAGAAAUAUAUGUAGA